AUGCGUCGCGUCGUCGUGACCGGUCUGGGCGCGGUUACUCCCCUCGGCGUGGACCCAGUUCCUUUUCUCCUCACACAAAAGAACGGUGCGGGUCUCCACCUGCCACGCCGGAAGGGGAAGGUCUUGACAGCCAAUGACGGCAUUUUGGAGAUGGGGCUCCGUCUCGGGGUCCGCGGGGGUGUACGGCGAACAUGGAAACGUCUCCUAGAAGGACAUUGCGGUAUCGUCAAUGUGGUUUCGCGCGAUGAGCGCUUUCGAGAGAUUCCCUCGCAGAUUGCUGCUGUCGUGCCUCAGGGAAAGAAGGAAGAUGGGGCGUGGACGGCGUCGGAGUGGAUGGAUCGUAGGGAUGAACGUGUAAUGGCCAAGUUCGCACAGUAUGCUAUGGCUGCUGCGGAAGAGGCUCUUGAAGAUGCCGGUUGGAAGGCGAUUACACCUGAGCAGAAAGAGGCUACGGGUGUCUGUCUUGGCUCGGGCAUUGGCAAUUUCGACGAGAUAUACGACACUGUCGUUGCGUAUGAACAAGGGGGCUACAAAAAAGUCAAUCCUCUAUUCGUCCCAAGGCUAUUAAUCAAUCUUGGUGCUGGGCAUAUCUCCAUGAGAUAUGGAUUCAUGGGCCCUAAUCACGCCGCAACAACGGCUUGCACGACGGGUGCCCAUUCCAUCGGCGACGCAUCACGAUUCAUUGCCUGCGGCGAUGCCGAUGUCAUGGUUGCCGGCGGCGGCGAGUCUUGUAUUCACCCUCUAGCUAUUGGCGGGUUCGCUCGUGCCCGCAGUCUUGCCACGGAUUUCAACGAUAACCCCGAGAAAGCGUCAAGGCCGUUUGAUGCAGACCGAAAGGGUUUCGUUGUUGGCGAGGGUGCAGGUAUGCUGGUUCUAGAGGAACUCGAACACGCUCGCGCCCGAGGCGCCCAUAUCUAUGCUGAACUAAGCGGCUACGGCUGCUCAGCAGAUUCCCACCACAUGACCGCCCCCAAGGAAAACGGUGAGGGUGCAUACAUGGCUAUGAAAAAGGCCCUCAAGCAAGCCCAAAUACCACCCAGCGCGGUCGACUAUGUCAAUGCACACGCAACCUCGACUAUCAUCGGUGAUGCUGCCGAGAAUGCAGCAAUUAAGGCUCUCCUUCUUGGACCGGAAGGUAGGCAGAAAGCCGCAGAUGUGAAUGUCAGUAGCACUAAGGGUGCCGUGGGACAUUUGCUUGGUGGUGCUGGAGCGGUGGAGGCUGUGUUUAGUGUGAUGGCUAUUCAUAAUAAUAUUAUGCCGCCUACUAUCAAUUUGGACCGGCUGGCGGAUGGAUUCGACUGCAACUAUGCACCGAAUGAGCCGCAGUCUCGAACGAUUGAUGUUGCCUUGACGAAUAGUUUUGGCUUUGGAGGGACGAAUAUUGCCAGGAACCCGCGACCGGGGACCAGCGAGCGUGUCAUCUGCGCCGAGGGUCUUGAGCUUGCGAUGUUACAGACUGCUAAUGAUAUUUCAUCUUAUAUAGCAUCCGGUAGCUUGGUCGAUGCAUCGGGCUACAAAUUCACGGAGAAGGAUACCAAGCCGGGCAAGAUGAAGGUUAAGAAGACCUCCAAAGCAUCCACAAAGAAGAAAGCAGACGAUUCCAAAGAUGGCCCUAUCGACUCUUCGCCAACUUCCUCCCCUCUCCCUAAACUAGACGACAAAGUCGCAGCCUCAUUCCCAACGGGCAAACCUCGCGAGGAAGACCUCCUCGAAACAGUCAUUUGCAAGCACUGCAAGCGCCCUAUCCUCAAAUCCACCGCCCCAGAACACAUUCGCGGCUGCCUCAAGGCUAAACAAGAGAAAGCGCGCAAGAAGAAAGAAGCACGCGACGCAGCCAACCGCGCCAAAAACACCGACGGCAAAGACGACGAUGACCUACGCGAUAAACUAGACGGCGACGACGCAAUGAAGGGCCAGAAGAGUGCCAAGAAGAGUGCGGUGAAGGGGACUACCGACGAUGCCACGAAGAAGGGCAAGAAGCGCAAGGCCGAUGAGGACGAUAACAAGGAGCCUAAGAAAAAGAAGAAGAAGGAUGAGCCCAAGGCUAAGGCUGCGAAGCCCAAGGGUCCAGUUGACGUUGAGAAGCAGUGCGGCGUGACUCUUCCUAAUGGAGCGCAGUGUGCGCGCUCGUUGACAUGCAAGAGUCAUUCCAUGGGUGCGAAACGUGCUGUGCCUGGUCGGUCGCUGCCAUAUGAUAUGUUGCUGCAGCAGUAUCAGAAGAAGAACCAGGCCAAGCAGCAAAGAGCCGCAAUCGACGCCAACGCCCCUCUUCCCGAAGACAUCGACACCAACGGACCCAUCGACUCGGACGAAGAACGAGAUACCGUCAUGGCAGCAAUCGCCCGCUCAACACCAAAAGCCCUCUCAGAUCACACCCUCAUCAGCACAAAAUCCAAAUACCGCAUCGUCCGCAUCAAAGAACAAAUGCUGCACGCUAUCGGCGGCCGUGGCGGUGCCGGAUUAUUCUCCACGGACGAGAAUCAACCUUUAUUCGGUGGGAGUAUGUUUCAACCCUUUGAUACGGACUUGAACACGUCUUCUUCACCUGUGCUUCCGUCCGGUGAAGCGGGAGAUGUUUCCGCGGGUGAUGCGUCUAGGCAGACGCCUGUACAGGGGACUCGCAAGACACCUGUUGCGGCUGCCUAG